CAUUUGAUGAUCAAACACACAUUAAUUGAGAGGAAUGAAAACGUGAUCAGUAGUGGAACAAAAGAGGUUGAACGAUGUCCACUGGCACUAAAAUUUGCAGCACCGUACAGUGAUGAACCGGCGGCUGUAAUGGAGAGAGAAAGAGUUGACUACUCUAAGAAAAUUACAAUUCAGAUGGCUAAAGAGAACAGAGCAGGAAGACCUGUUCGAAUUUAUGCUGAUGGCAUCUAUGAUUUAUUUCACUAUGGUCACGCUAACCAACUUCGGCAAGCAAAAAACAUGUUCCCCAAUGUAUAUCUUAUAGUAGGAGUUUGUGGUGAUGCAAAUACUCAUAAAUACAAGGGGCGUACAGUGACAUCUGAAGACGAAAGAUAUGAAGCAGUCCGACAUUGCCGUUACGUUGAUGAAGUGUACAGAGAUGCCCCAUGGUACUGCACCCUUGAAUUUCUGAAAGAACUUAAGGUGGAUUUUAUUGCUCAUGAUGCUAUUCCGUAUCAGGCCGAAGGGGAGACCGAUUUAUAUGAAAAGUUUCGGAAGGAAGGAAUGUUUGUAGAAACCGAGCGAACAGAAGGAGUUUCUACCAGUGACGUCGUGUGUCGUAUUAUACGUGAUUACGACAAGUAUGUCAGGAGAAAUUUACAAAGAGGUUACUCCGCCAAGGAGCUUAAUGUUGGGUUUCUUGCUGCGAGGCGAUAUCAAUUGCAAAACCAUGUUGAUCAUUUAAAACAAAAAAGUAUGGAAUUACUUCACAAUUGGCGCAAUAAGUCCGAUGAUUUUAUUCGCGGUUUUGUGGAAACCUUCCAUAAAGACGGUGGAUUUAAUAGCGUGGGUAGCAGACUGCGAGAAUUAGUAUCUAGGAGUCCUUCGCCGUUGUUAGACUACGAGGAGCAGGCUGAGGAAGAUACAGUGGAUGCCAAUGGAUCUGCUGGCGGUAGCAGAAAAUCGUCAACCAGUAAAUGA